AUCUGGCGGAAGUAAACAAGGAGGAGGCGCUAGCAGCGCUAGCUUCUGCGUUUCCUCUUGUUUUCUCGUCGUCUAGUAAAGGACUCUGUCUCUGUGAGCUGAAUGUUUCUGAUUCUGCAGAAACACCAGAGACAGAAAACCUUCUGCUGCAGAAAUAUUAAAAAAACAUCGACUAGAGGAAGAGAUUGAGCACCAGCUCUGACUGCUGGACAUCAGCUGCAGACCUUCCACAGAGCCAUGUCUGUCACCACCUGGGAGAUACUAGACCAUCUUCUAAUCCCUGAGGAGAGGAACUCUAUUCUCGACUACAAGACGCCAAACAUUACAGGAAUAGAAGAGGCACCGGAAGAACCAGAACCACAGCAGAGGAAUGAGCCAAAAGACGAACCAGAAGCUCAACCAUUUGGACCAGAACAUGUUGAUCUGUGGAUCCUACAGGAUGAAGGACAGCUCCUAAUGAAGCAGGAGACAAAUGCCUCGAUGGGACCUCCUGCUUAUAGGGAAAUAUUUCAUAAUGGACCAGAACCGGAUCAGAUGACUGAGAUAAAGAAGGAAUUAGAAACGAAAGAGGAACAAGAAGUGCCUGCGAAGUUCAAAGACGAAGAGGAGGAUCACUGCAGAGAUCAGGAUGAAGAUCAGCUUGCAGUGAAGCAGGAGACCGACAGCGUUAUGGUGACACUUUCUGAGGAAAAAAAAGACGACUGUGAGCCCAAACCAAACCCUAACCGCAUCCUGACGGGGGAAUUCACUGAAGCUGAGAACCAGCAUCAACAGGGAGGCGACCAGAAAGGGUUGGGUUCAAGUAGAGAUGAAGAUCUUCAUCCACAGAUGACCAAUCAGAACUCCAAAGACAAAAGGCCUAAAGUGGACGAUUUCAAGGUCAAACAACCCAAAGCAGGUUCUGUUUCAUGUGAAAUAUGUGGUAAAUGUUUUAUGUCGCGUAACUAUUUGCCCGCUCACAUGAGAAUCCACACAGGUAACAAGCCUUAUUCUUGUGACGUGUGCGAUAAAUCUUUUAUAACCAGGACUAACCUGGUGCGCCACCUCAGGACUCACACUGGGGAGAAACCCUAUUCCUGUGACUUCUGCAACAAAUCAUUUCAACAAAGUCAAAAUUUGACCUAUCACCUUAAAACUCACACAGGCGAGAAACCUUAUUGCUGUGACCUGUGUGAUAAAGCUUUUAAAAGGAGGGCUAAUCUAGUUCUUCAUUACAGGAUUCACACCGGUGAAAAGCCUUAUCCUUGUGACUUGUGUGAUAAAUCAUUUACAGACUCCAGUAAUUUGGCUAGUCACAAGAAAACUCACAUAGAAAACAGGCCGUUUACCUGUCGGCUGUGCGGGAAAUCUUUCACACGAAGUCACGUUUUGAAUUGUCACCUUAAAACUCACGCAAAUGAGAGGCCUUAUCUUUGUGAUUUGUGCGAUAAAUCUUUUAGAAACAGCAGUAAUUUGGCUUGUCACAGAAAGACUCACACGAAUAAAAAAACUUAAAAGCUGUUCAAGUUAGUUUAUAUGGUAACAAUUUACCUCAACUAUAAUCUGAAGACCUUAACCAGAGAAACUACACCAAAAGAUUAUGCCACUUAAAUCAUGUUAAUUUGUUAUCAUAUCUUUUAGAUGCGGCCACCAUACUGGUUCAUCUGGUAUACUCUUCUGAUAUAAAUAUUUAAUAAGCUGUCAUAUGUAGAAUAGUGAGCGUCAAAACUUUCAGAGGCAGCAGGCUGUCUAUUAUUGUUAGUCUUUAGAGGUUCUGCAGGCCGUUACCUGGAAAAGCAAGCUACGUAGUAGCAUAAUAGCCUGUCAGCUGGGAGAGUCUCUGUCUUUGCUGCUGGUAUAAGUAGCAGCUUAAGGUUGGUUUAUGGUUGACGUGUCCAUGAGAUCAGCACAGCGCUCUGCUUUUUCCUCACUUUGCACCUUGGAAUGUUUGUUACUACCCUGAUCGGACAAUUACCGACUUCUUCUGGUCGGGAUUUUCAGAUAUAAGCAUCUAGUAUAUUUUAAGUUUUUGUCUAUCAAAUAUCUCCACGAUCAACAAAUUGUGACGGACAUGUGGGGAGAAUGACUGUCACUUACUCUUAAAUUUGUGCAUCCUGCUUAGCCGCCCCACCCCCUUUGUUCCAGACCGCCCCAGCAAGGCAGCGCCUACAGACUAUUUAAAUUAUAAAGGUUUAUAUUCAAUAACCAUGCAGGCAAAUCCUGUAAAUAGGGAAGUUCAGGCACAUAUUUGAUAUGUGUUAUGAGAAUUUGUAUAUAAUUACUAUUUAUGGUCUAUAUUGUUGCGCUGUUAUAUUUUUAAUACAUUAUAUUAAAGUUCUAUAUUAUGUGCAAAAGCUUUGUAGUUCGUUUUAUAAUGUGUCAUACUGUAUGAAUUGGUGAUACUUAGUCAAAAAACAACAACCAAGCAAUUUGAUUUAUAAAAAUAUUUGUAUUUGGGAAGCUGAACUCACAUUUUACAAAAGUAUAACAUAAACUAUAUAACAAAUAUGGAACAGUAUUUCAAAUAAACUGGGAAAAAACAAAAAUCAUCCAAACAAGCUGAAACUGAUUGUACAUUAAAAGGUAAACACAAGCAGCUCUCACUGCUUUUUUUCAAGCUUUGUAAACAGGCAGAGGGACCUCUCAGUUGUGGCUUCAUUUUCCUUGUGCCUUUUUUGCUCCUUCUACGACUCUCGUUUGAAGAAAUUUAAGAAGUCCAUUAUUGUUUCUUCUUGCCCUCUUUCUGGGAGAUGGGGUGAGGAGGGCUUGAACAGCUGGUGUUGAAGGACAGAAGGCGUGCUGCUGUGGAUGGCAUCAGUGUUGGUGGAGGUACAGUGGUGGAAAAUGGACUCGGCUCCUGCUUUUUUUGCUGCCUGUGGCAGCAAUUUUGCGGCCAGUGAUUUUCCCUGUAAGGCCAAGCUCUUUGACUGCUGUCCUACAGUGAUGAACAUUAGGAUGGGUAAAUGCAUGAUCAGAAUGGGAUUGUUAAAACAGCAGGUAAGGCUACUCACUCCCAGAGUUGCUUUGUAGUUCUUGGUGAACUGCUCCUCAUUUUCUGCUCUAAACUUUAUUAGGGCUUUGGAUUGUUCCACACUCCCCAUAACCUGACAAGAUUAGACACAACAUGUUGCGUUCACAUUCUAGAAUACUUUUUUUUGGUGGAGGGCAGGGUCCAAUACACCAGUGGUCCCCAA